UCUGGAAGAGUUGCUAGCAUUGAAGGUUCCUUUAAGGACUGCUAGCUUAAGGGGCUUUUUCCCCGCUUAGUCACCAAAAGAUAAUAAAUAACUUUCUAUUAACAUUUCAGAAGUAUGAACUUUAACUGUAGUUUACUGUGUGCACUUCUUUAAGCCAAGAUGACAUGAGGGAUCCUGCGACUGGAGGUGCCAUAAUGAAAGAGAUACAUGAUUUUUUUUUUUUAGUGCAAAGAUACAUGAUUUUUAGUCAUCAUUUACAUAAGAAGACAAAACUUAAGUCACUAAGGACAAAAUUUUAAUUACCACAAAUGGAAAGUAGGAGUGUGGAUUUCAAUUUGGAGAGUGUGGAUUUCACUUCCUGCAAUUUCUUGGAUAUGAUUAUAUUCUGUUAUGCUCACUUGCAUGGUUUAACUCGUGCGUUUAAUAUCGUAUAUGCAAGAGAUCUCUUCUCUCACUUAUCAUCAAAAGGAGUUCAGCCUGAUGUGAUAACAUACAAUAUAAUGAUUGAUGGACUUUGUCAUCAUGGCUUGAUAAUUGAAGCAGAAAAGUUGCUGAGAGAAAUGAGAGAGAAAGGAUGUCCUCCAGAUGGUUGGAUCUCUAAUAUUAUCAUCCGAGGGUUGUUGAAGAACAAUGAGACAUCAUGGGGUAUGGGACUUAAUCAAGAAAUGCUCGAGUGGGUUUUCUCUGCAGAUGUGUUUACUAUGGAAUUGAUUGCUGGUUUCUUGUGUAAGGAUGUAGUAGAUCCGGCUUUCUUGCCGCUGUUAAAAGUUUCUUGAUAAGUUGAUUUGAACUCCAUUAAGCUCAGGUUCCAAGAUAAUAGAGUUGGACUUCAUCGAAAGAGUUGUA